UCCUUAGUUUGUAAAUCCAUGAAAAUGUAAUUCCUGUUUUAACAGGAUUUAAAAAAAAUGUUUUUAAACUUCUUUGGUAUACAAAGAUACAGAGACAAUCAAACCCUCUAGAAAGAAAGAAGUCACACCUCUACUGUAUAAUAAUUAUUAUGCAUUUUGGCAGAGGUCAGCCCUUCCCCUCUAUACAUGACUCACUCUCUUUCAGUUUGUGCCACAUUCUUCUGGUAUUUUACGAAGAGAGGCUGUUUCAUACCUUACUAACACAGGUUUCCUCUCUAGGUACUUGUUUUUGGCAGUCUAUAAUCUUAAAGAACUAAACAUGGGACUUAACAAUCAGAGGUUUAUGAAAAUAAUCUCCAUCCUUUCUGUGAGUAUAACCAUGUCUGUAAUCAUGCUGAACUAUCAAGGACAAAGGACAAAUUGCUCUCGUAAGGAAGAGCCAGUCUUCAAUAACUUACCAAAGCAAGAUGUUGGAGAACUACAAGCUUGUUCUGCUUUUUUCCAAGGAGACAUGGAUGGAGUGGACAAGGAGGCUUUCAGGAAACUCCUGGCCUCUAAAAAAAGAAAAACCCAGCUAUCAGAGUCAUUCUAUCUCGAUGCAACCAAGGAUUGUCCAUCCUACAUCAGAGACAGAGGGUUUCUGACUGUUUCUCUCAGUAAAGAGGAGAAAGAUUUCCCCAUUGCUUACUCCAUGGUGAUCCAUGAGAAGAUUGAGAUGUUUGAAAGGCUCCUGAGAGCCAUUUACACUCCUCACAAUGUGUACUGUGUUCACGUGGACCAGAAGUCUCCUGAGAUCUUUAAACAAGCAGUAAGAGCCAUUGCAUCCUGCCUGAACAAUGUAUUUGUGGCCAGCAAACUGGAGAGUGUGAUUUACGCCUCCUGGUCUCGAGUUCAAGCGGACAUCAACUGCAUGCAAGAUCUGCUCAAGUCACCUGUCCAGUGGAAGUAUCUGCUCAACACCUGUGGUACGGAUUUCCCCAUUAAAACCAAUACAGAAAUGGUCCAGUCUCUAAAACACCUGAAUGGAAAGAAUAGUUUGGAGUCCGAGGAUGUAAAGGGCAAACAUUGGCGCUGGCAGUAUCAUCACAAUGUUACGAACGUUGUGACUAGGACAGAUGUCAAAAAGUCACCUCCACCAAUAAAGAGCCCCAUGUUCUCAGGAAAUGCUUACUUUGUGGUUUCAAGAGAGUUUGUGGAGCACAUCUUCAUAAGCAAAAAGAUUAAAAACUUCAUGGAAUGGGAGAAAGACACAUAUAGUCCAGAUGAGCACAUGUGGGCAACGUUACAGCGGAUUCCUUCAGUGCCAGGAUCCAAUCCUCCAAACAUCAAGUACCAACAAUCGGACAUGAACGCGAUUGCUCGUCUGGUGAAGUGGAGUUACCAUGAAGGAGAUCUAAACAGUGGAGCUCCCUACCCACCAUGCACUGGGAUACAUAGACGGGCAGUUUGUGUCUAUGGAGCUGGAGACUUGAAAUGGAUUGUGCAGCAACACCAUCUUUUGGCAAACAAGUUUGAUCCAGAAGUAGAUGAUAUAGCAAUCAAAUGUAUGGAGGCAUUUUUAAGGUACAAAGCUAUUUAUGGUCGAUCAUUACUAACAGUUAAAAAAUCUGACAUUAUUCUAUGAUGUUUUUAUGCAUAUGUUUUUUUCUUUAUAUAAUAUAAUAACUUUUCUAUGCAGGUCAAUGUUUAAUGUUAAUAUAAUGUAUGUUCUAUGCAGGUCAUAUUGUUUUUAGGAUGUUGCAAGUUGUUAAAUAAAAUUAAUGAACUAUUUGUACCCUUCAGAAAAGCUCUCUUUUUGUUAUGCAUACUAUUUCA